AUGUCAGGAGUGGAAGAUGACGCUUUGCCAGUAUUCGUCAACACGUCAGAAGUGAGUUUUACUCGUUUUCAAGUGUUUUCCAGACACGUUUCUGUUUGCAGCUACAUUUCCGACUCAAUGAGAAGAGCCAGGCGAAGCUCUUCACGUUGUACAACCCAUUCGGACAUCAGAUAGCGUACAAAGGUUAGUUUGGAUCAUCUUGACGUGUUCAAAUUUUUAUUACAGUUUUAUGCACGGCAACCAGGAAUUACACCGUCAACGAGACUUCGGGAGUGCUUCAAGCAAAAUGCUGCAAAGAUAUGUUAGUUUUUGUUCGGUUAUACAUGAGUUCUGGAGGUAGAUGGCUGUUUACCACUUGUUCCAUUCACUAUUUUGUACGAUAAGACCAGACCAGACCACAUAAUUGAUUUUGAGCAGAUGUAUGUUGAUGGACGGGUGAUUUGAGAGGAAAAAGAAAUCCAAAGAGAAUAAUUGUCUUGCAGAGUGGUGAGAUGCAUACAACGACUGCCUCUCGGGAAUGUGGACAAGUUGAAAAUUGAGAUUUCGAAGAAAGGAUCACCAACGGUAAGAUCUUGUCGGUUCACGCACUGCUUUCUCAUCAAACACGCUUUUCAGAUGAGCGGCUCAUCAGUGAUCAGCCUGUUCACGAUGCCCAGCGACUACAUGGACCCGGGAGAGCAAGCGCAGUUUGAGAGGAUUCCUCAAACGAACCGUAUGACCACGUCACUGACUUUGAGUGAACGAGGCGGAGAUCGGGUGAGUAUCAAUCACUACGUUAAAGCUAUAGGCCACAGCGGCGAAAGCCAGCGAAGCCGGCCCUAAAAAUUGGCAUGAACCCUUGACGGUCACGGGUACAAGGCAUUUUUUGAAAAUUGGCAUCGACAGAUCUGCUCUAGGCUGAAUUGGAGGGAGGCCUUCAAAAUCUGUUCCAUUGUCACAAAUAAAAACCAAUCCAAUUUGCAGAACCAAUCGAGUAUGUGGGUAUGUCUUCUGGUCGGUUUUUGCUGCGCUCUGGCCCUCAUCUGCCCGACCGCCGGAGAUCCAGAAUCGGUCAACUCGUCCGUCCCUCCGAUGAUGCACAUGUCGAUCCAACAGAAGUUGGUCGCAUCCUACAUCCUCGGUAUCGUCUCUGUUCUUAUUCUCCGUCCUAUGUAA